CCUUCGCAUUGUCCCACAAGGUGCUUCGUUCCAAAAACCCAAUACCAGUUCUAGUUCUAGCUUGGAGUUCUAAAUAAACGGCGGAAUCGUUGAACAAUAUCCUGGACACUGUUGGAUUGAUGCGGUAGAGGUAGACCUGUGAGAAUUGCAAUUUAUCGACUGGCGAGAAAAAACUGUACGACGGGCAGCUACAUUCUUCAGUGUCAGAGGUUAAGCCCAUGUUCGUGUAGCUUCAGCGGCGAAGUAGUUUUUCAACGAUGUCAGAGAAAACACAAAUGUUGAAAACCUCUUUAAUUUUAAUUAUAGAAUUGCCCUGAGGUGCUGUUACGCUAGCUUUAUUCUGCCUAUUACUGUCGUCAUUCUUCACAGUUUCAAAGGUGAGACAAUCGUUAAUACAGUUGUAACUUCGACUUCACAACUUAGGCGGAUACCGACAUUCACAUUAUAGCGAAUUCUGGUAGCUUCUUAACUAGGUGAGCCAAGAGCUCGUUCAGCCAGUUAUGAACAAAAAAUUGUAAAACCAAUAUAGUAGAGAUGUCACAUAUGAGACAAGAACAACUACACUUCAAAUAACGAAUAUCUUUUAAAUUGUUCUAUAAAACAGUUAGACACAAUAACAACGGCUUUUGAUUAAUGCCAACGGAAAUUCCAUAUUCAAAGUUAUGAGCCCUCGAACUAUUCUCAUGAUCAAAUUCGUGUUUGUUAUAGCGUCUAAUGAAUAUUGAUCAUUUAUACCUAGUUGGCGUAUUAUCCGUGAGUUAUAAUGUACAUAAGUUAAGGUAGGUAGGGCAAUCACAUACUUUGCGUCCCUUUACGGACGACAUCUUCUUAACUACAUUUACAUUUUAACAGAUGAGUUUGAAUGUCUGUAUAUUGGAAUAAAGGGUAUGCAAAAUUAAUGACAUAAGAAGUUGGUAUACCUACGUAACAAAUUUUUUGUAUCUACAUACAUUUUUUUGGGUACCAAUAAAAAAGAAAAAUAAAAAAAAGUCACCAAUAAACCAACCAUGUUGGGUCUCAAGUAUUGAUUGGACAGGAUAUGGUUGAACGAAAUUUAGUUUUUUAGCCUAGGAUUUUUUAACUUGGGAUUAAUUGCCCUAAGAAACUAUACUAGUUUUAUUUAUACUCGUAUAGUUUCUUAGGACGAAAUUAAAUGGAAUUAAAUAGAUUGCGUAUUAUGUUUGCUAACAGAACAUACUAUAAAAUCUAUAUUUCUACGAUUUCAUCGCGUAGCUUCUAACAGUUUAGAUAAAAUUAGGGACUUCCGUAUUGAUGCUGUCCACUUGACGGAUUUUUGGUUCUUUCGAGCAGGAAACAAUUCAAUUACUAACAGUCUGUACAUCUAAGGUAGCGAUCUUUUUCAUUCUUCCGAAACAUUUGUGUUGGAUAUUUUUAAUUUACUCUAAAAUAAUAAGGUAGUCAUUUUAACAAUAAUGAAAACACGUUGAGAGGAGUCACGAAAUUAUAUAGUCAAGUUGUAAUAUUCACGGAGAUUUAAACGACCUAUAAAAGUCAAAGGCAGGAGCAGACCGGAUACCAUAGUAGUCACGGAGUGAGCCAGUAAUACGGUGUGAUUCGGAUCAUUAAUUAUACAGGCACUAUGAAGGUGUAUGGGCUUAUUCUGUGUGUACUGGUGGCGUAUGCCAUGGGGCUCGCAGUGGAGCCUGUGUCACGGUCUGACUCUCCGUCGACCAGUGAACUGGCUGAAGUCAACCCCGCUGAUAGACAAAAACGUAGUUUACUCCUUGGUGCUGGUGCUCUUGGUGCGGGAGCUCUUGGUGUUGGUGUGCUAGGAGCUGGCGUUCUAGGCGCUGGAGUCAUUGGUGCUAAGGCUGGUUUUAUUGGUGGUGCUCUCGCCGGAAAAGCGUUCCACGGCAGAAGCUACGGCGGCUGGGGUGGUCAUGGAUAUGGCGGCUAUGGAGGAUACCGUGGAUACGGAGGAUACGGCGGAUAUGGCGGAUACGGCGGAUAUGGUGGAUAUGGUGGAUACGGUGGAUAUGGUGGAUAUGGAGGACAUGGCAGCUACUAUCCCCGGCACUACGGUGGUUACAGCAGCUAUGGCUCUUACCACGGUUCCGAGUACUAUCCGGGAUCCUACUACAACUCAUGGUGGUGAAUUGAAUCAAAAACAAUGACCGCGGCUCUUUUAGAACGAAUUAUUCAGUUUCCCGUUGAAAAUUCUUUUGUUGAGACCUGAUAGCUAGGAGAAAUAAAACAUCAAACAUU